AUUCAAGCAAGCCUGCAAGAAAAGGAGCAGACCUAAGGAUGGGAGAUUGGCUUGCCUCUGAGCCUGAAAAGAGGAGGGAGAAUUGCCAGGGUCAGGCUGUGUGCGUUAAUGGGACGCUGGCUACCAUGUUCUGUGUGUUCGCUCCUGUGCCAUGGCGAGCUCUUUCACCAGAGCACUGGGAAGACACUCAAAUGCUUACGAGUUUUAGUGGGAUGGGGAGUGUCCUCCAACUUGCAUACUGAGGUAUUUGAAUGAUAGGGGAUGGCAGGAUGCCUGCAUUUUUGGAUCGCAGGGAGGGAACUGGGGAUGGUGACUCAAGAGAUGCCCCAAGAACCCAUCCCCAUGGGGCUAUACCAGGUACUUAUGUUUCCAGGACCCAUGCUGCUAUCUCUGCCUGGCACCAAGAGAGAUACACUGGCUUCUGUGAAGCAGGUUAGAGGAUGUCUAACACAACACUGGCACAGCCUGAGACAAGAUCUAGCUGGGUCAGAGACAGGUAGAGUGCUUACAGAGAGUUAAAACAAGCCCUGUGGCUGGUGCUCCUCUGACCAGUAGUAAUGCAAAAUAAUUGAUAAAGCUUUCAUUACAGUAUCAGUUCAUUGGCAAAUAGAUUUUGGCCAGAGGGGAACUGUCAGAUCACCUAGGUCAGAACUGCUUAUUUAAUUUUACUGAGAUCUGCUUGGCAGAAAGCAGAGCUCUUGUUGGAGCUUUGUGUCUGGAAACCUCAAAAGCCACCUCCUUCCUUCCUCCUCACAGGAUCCCCAAGCCUGUUAUCAGGUACAUCGGUGCUGAGAACAGCUUGCCGCUGGGGAAACUGUGCCGUGUCUGCCUUGCUGCCUCUAUAACGUGUACAUAUGCAUGAACACAAGUGCACAGCUCUGCAUACGAAAUCCUGGGUUUUGCUGUUUCUGUAGGAAACAGAAAAUUUCUCCAAUCUGUUCAUUCUGGGUGGGAGCUGACUCCAGACCAAAGUAAAGCAUGAAACCUGGCUCCCUCUCUCGUUUUCUUUUUGAGAAAAGCUGCCUCUACACAUGGACACACAACGACAGCAUGCAGGUAUCCGAAUAACAUGAAACAACACUUCACUGGAUAUAAACACAGAAGACUCAGAAAAUACUGUGGCAGGAACAACGCUGCCACCCAACAUGAAUCCUAUAGAAAUAACAUGUCCUUGCCCAGCAAAGUGCACGUUUUAGAAGGAGUGACUUACCCAAAUCACCAAUGGGAUCAAGCGGGAUUCCUGUGAAGCCGUGCGGAGUGAUCGGAGGACCGGAGUGCUUUUAUAGGGUCCUUGACAGAGGUACAGAAAGGAGACACCCUUUGUGGAUGUUGUCCUGAUUCAUCUUCGGCCAAGCCCAGCUGCACCUUGACGUCCUCAAACGGUUCCUUUGGCACCUUGGGCCUGAGGUCUGUGGGGUUUGGGUCUGGCUUUCACUCGCAGAAGGACAGAAGAAGACCUAAGCACUACAAAAAUGGUGGAAUGCAAGUGCGCAGCAGUGAGAUCCCCAGAUCCUCCAGAUCUUGGCUUGUGUGGCAUCCUUGUAGAGUGUUUUAUUUUUGCACACAGAGCAAAUAAGGAAGAUACCAGCCAUGCCACCUGGGCCCCUGCUUUUGGAGGUAGGAUGCUACCUUGACAAGCAUGACGGAGACAUUGCAGAAAGCCUUCAGAGCAUGAACUUGUCAUGCAGCCUUGGGUGAGUGGCUCACCUGGCCCAUCUGUAAGGGGCUGGGACAGUGCGGGAUGGUCGAGUGCCACGUGAGCCACUAGGCAGAGUUGGGGUAUCAAUGCAGGAAAAGGUACACCCCUGAAGAGCAGAUGGGUGACAGGAGGAGUGACCACCACCCUUUUCCCUUCAGUCCACUGGUUUGCCAAAGUCACGUGAAUUAUACUCAGGGUUAAUUCGAAUCACUGUGGUCAGCAGCGGACUGGCAACCCAAGUGGUCACGCAUCCCAGAUUUAUUUAUUUCAACUUAAAUAACCAAAAGCCACUAACUUGGACACCACCGUGCUCAGCAGUAUGGACAUGUGCAUUUAAAGGGAGAACAGCACGCAGACACAAGAACACACCUUCGUCUCCAGAUGAUAUAUGCCCUUGUCUCUGUGUGCAAGUAAUACUGGUUUGAUGCUUGUGUCACCAAGUGACUUAAGGCUAGUUUGGAGUGAGCAGAGAAGGAAGUUUCAGAGUCUUUGAUCUUUCACAGGCAAUGCACUUGUUGGCUCUCCCUUUUCUCUUGUAACGAAGGAUCUUCAGACAAGAACAUCUUUACUUGACCACAGUUGUGGCAGGCAGAAAGCGGCGACUCCGUGCUGUGGCAGUCAUGCACAGUUAGCUGUCUUUCGUGAAUGGUGUAUCUCAGUCUUGGUUUAGCCUGCUAUAUGAAGGAAAUGUGCACAGCAAACUGAAAAGGGCCACUACCAUGGACACUGUGGUCAGAGCACCAAAUACAGAUGGUUCAUCACCCUGGAGUGUCACUGCAUAGAGAUGGGCAGAUGCAGGAGAAGUCCUAGAAGGAACCUAAGUGACACUGAAGAUCUUAACACAGUGUGAAGCCUUCCCUGGCUGCCUAACUGCGAAAAUCAUAGCAAUAUUUGGUUAUGCUGCCAUACUGCACUUGAUUGAGGAGCAGAGAUGUCAUGAAGCUUCUUGGAAAACUUGGGUGCUCCCAUGUACUGGGCUACAUUCUCCAGCAUAAACCAGCAGUUAUGGGGGGGGGAGUGGUCCCCUCCAUCUGACACAUGUGAGACCACAUCUGGAUGCUGUGUCCUAUUUGGGGCCCACAGUGCAAGACAGUCUCCAACAAACUGGAGUGAGUCCAGUGGAAACCACCAAGAUGGUCCAGGGACCUUGAGGAGAUGAUGGUUGGGAAGAGGCCGAAGGACCUGCUCACCCUGGAAAGGAAAAGACUUAGGGGACAUCCUGGGGCCCCUUUCAGCUAUCUAAAAGGUAUUAAUGGAGAGGCUCUUUUCAGAGGUGCCCAGAGAGAGGACAUUACCCCUCCCUCAAAGAUGCGUUGCCAAAAUGAUUGCCAACUGAGACAGCUCUGCCUUCCACCUCCCACCAUCUUGGUGAAGAGUUUCCCCAUGAAAAAAUAUGUGGAUCCCUGUGGCGCUGUCUGUAAUAUCCAGAGCUUGCCUCGAUGUCUGGAUCCCUGCUGCUAUGCUAGGAUUCCUCAGGGCACCACCACUUAUGUGAACCUGGGCAAUCUUGAUGUGACACAGGCUGCGGGGUGCGUGGAUCCAUGCUGCCUUGGAGUCACCACAUGUGUUCGCCCGUGCUGUGAGGAAGUGACCAAGUGCACCACCACACGUGCAGACCCAUGCUGCUGCAAAGUGACUGAGUGCAGCACCAGAUGCGAAGAUUCAUGCUGUGAGGAAGUGACCAAGUGCACCACCACAUGCGUGGAUCCCUGCUGCAAGGAAGUGACCAAGUGUACCACCACGUGUGUGGAUCCAUGCUGUGAGGAAGUGUCCAAGUGCACCACCACGUGUGUGGAUCCCUGCUGCAAGGAAGUGACCAAGUGCACCACCAGAUGCGUAGAUCCGUGCUGCGGACCUGUGACCAGAUGUGCCACCACAUGCGUGGAACCAUGCUGUGGGCAAGUGACAAAGUGCACCACCACAUGUGUUGAUCCAUGUUGUGGGGAAGUGACCAAGUGCACCACCAGAAGUGUAGAUCCGUGCUGCGGACCUGUGACCAGAUGUGCCACCACAUGCGUGGAGCCAUGCUGUGGGCAAGUGACAAAGUGCACCACCACAUGUGUUGAUCCAUGUUGUGGGGAAGUGACCAAAUGCACCACCAGAUGCGUAGAUCCAUGCUGUGGAGGUGUCACCAGAUGCACCACUAAGUGUGUGGAUCCAUGCUGCGGCAGAGUGACCCAGUGCACCACCAGAUGCGUAGAUCCAUGCUGUAGAGAGGUGACCAAGUGCACCAUGAGGUGUGUGGAUCCCUGCUGUGGACGAGUGAUGAAGUGUGCCACCAGGUGUGUGGCUCCGUGUUGUGGAGGAGUGACAAAGUGUGCUACCAGGUGUGUGGAUCCAUGCUGUGGACAUGUGACCAGAUGCACUACGAAGUGUGUGGAGCCAUGCUGUGGGCAAAUGACAAAGUGUACCACCAGAUGCAUGGAUCCCUGCUGUGGCGGAGUGACCAAGUGCACCACCAGAUCUGUGGAUCCCUGUUGUAGUGAGAUGACCAAGUGCACCACCACGUGUGUGGAGCCCUGCUGUGAAGGUGUGAGUGAAUGCACCACCAUGUGCGUGGAUCCCUGCUGCAAGGAAGUGACCAAGUGCACCACCACGUGCGUGGAUCCCUGUUGUGAGGAAGUGACCAAAUGCACCACCACAAGUGUGGAUCCGUGCUGUGAGGAAGUGACCAAGUGCACCACCACAUGCAUGGAUCCUUGCUGUGGGGAUGUUCAGGCUGUUACGAAGUGUGUGGAUUCCUGUCCCACCGCCUGUGUUGCACAAGGCCCCCCCCCUGUGUAUGGGUGUAUGCACCUCUGGCUGUGGCCGGCACUACUCCAUCACAUGCGCAGAUGUCUGCUGUCAUAAAUGCAUGGCUCCUUGAGGGGCUGCAUGAGGGGCUCCUGUGGUGGGAGCUGCAAGGGGAUCCCACUCUGCAGUGCCAUUGCCCUGUGGAGUCUCCAAAGGCUAAGGAAUGAAAAUGGUUUGCAGAUCCCUGCACAUGCCAACGUCUUCCUCCCAUCCUUGCUUCCCUAGUGCCCUUCCUGUCCUAGGAAGAGUAAAUCCUCAAAUGGUUUUCCUUAUGUUCUGCAUCAUUUCUGCUAUAUUUACCUCAAGAACAAUGCCUUUCCUUGUAACAUUUAACUAAUUGAUUUUGUGCCCCCAGGAAUAUUGCCUGGGAGAAAGAUUCUGUAAUUCUUCUUUGCACUGAUGUGGAUGGAGGAAUUUCCCCAUUUGUUCUUUCUUGUGAUCUUCUCCUUUUCUUGUAUGAAGCAAUAAAAAAAAAAAAAGACCUUGGCAUCAGCUGUCUGCAAGUGUUUCCUUCACUUUUGCAUUCCCCCAGACUCACAUGUUCUCCUUUUAAUUUCUUCCAAAAAGCCUGACCUCUGUAGAUUGGCAGCUCCU